AUGCACUCCGUCAGGAACAUAUGGGUCAUUGGCCUGGGUAUGGCCGCCGCCGCCGCUGCCCAGCAUCAGCCCAAAACCAACAAAUCGCCCGAAAACCCGUCAACAUCCAGCGCAACGGAUGAUCAUAUGGGCCCUGCGGCCUUUAUGUGGCCACCUGAUAGAGUCUGGUCUGGCGACAUGGACAACCAGGCCCCUUGUGGCUCCCGCGCUGCAGCAGGCAACCGGACCAAAUUCCCCCUGACCGGCGGCGCGGUUGCUCUCGUUGCGCAGGACGACUACUACAACAGCAAAAUCAGCAUCUCCUACUCGAACGAUCCAAAGACCAACACUGACUUCAGCACCCUCGUCGAGACUACCGACAUCAGCGAUCUCAACCCCGGCCACACCUGCGUCCAGAUUCCCGACGCGCCCUCGCGCGUCGUUGCCGGCUCCAAUGCCACACUGCAGAUUAUCUACAAGGCUGACUGGGACGCCCCUCACAACCAAACAUUUUAUGCCUGCGCCGACGUCACCUACGUUGUGGCCACCGAUUUCAAUUCCAAGAUUCCCUGCUUCAACGCCACCGAGCCCGGCGACGACGACAAAGCUGCGGCCAAUGGCGCCAACAAGCCGUCCUCGGGUGGCGCGAGCGGAUCGGACAGCUCGCCCAGCUCAGGCAGCUCCUCCAGCUCAGGCGGCUCAAAGAUGGGAGCUGGUGCUAUGGCUGGCGUCAUCGUCGGCUCACUUGUGGGCGCGUCCAUGCUCGCAGCCAGCCUCAUCCUGUACCGCCGCCGGCAGCAGAAGAAGCGCAGCCUGCGUCUUGCCCGCAUGGAAGAAAACGCCCGCCGGGGCCAAUACCCGUUGGACAAGGUCUCGUCCCAGAGCAGUGUAUAA